GUGUGUCAUUUGGAAAGAGAAACUUUUUUACUCCACCAGUUCACUCAAAAAUAAAAAUCCUGUCAUUGGUCAGCCAUGAACCUGUAUGUUAAUGUUAAUGUUAAUGUUAAUGUUUCCGUUGGACAUGAAAAUAAAAUCAUCACAUAGCUCUUUUCCAUAAAAACUUUUACCACUUCUGUAAAGCUUUUUGUCUGCACUAUUCCUUUAAGAACGAACGGGUUGAACAGAACCCAACCCUUCCAGAGCAGCAUAUUAUUCACAGUGAUAUAAUCCAUUUAAUUUGGUUUCUGGAUUUUCAAGAUGUCUUCAGAUCACGUUAACGGGAACGAUACAGACUACGAUUCUAUCAUUCAGGAAAUUCAAAGCAUAGACGAUACAAGCAGUAAGCAGUUCAAACAUGAGAUCAGGAUGACUUACUUCACUACAUAUUGUAUUGUUCUCAUCCUGGGUGUCACCCUCAACUUCACUGUCAUUGUCAUCAGCUGCAGGACAUACAAGCGUUUUCAGGAGGUUGCCAUUUGGAUUAUGGCGUUGGCUGCAACACAUUUAGUCUCCUGUACAUCUGUUGCGUUUCAGCUCCUGUAUGCUUACAAUCACUUUGAAUGGAAUUACGGAGCUGCAAGUUGCAAGCUGUCAUCCUAUAUCACCUACGGCAGUAUGUACUUCACGGGAUCCAUGCUGAGUCUCUGGAGCAUCAAAUCUGUCCUUUUAAAGAGCGCGUGCACAAAAAAGUGCAUGAAUUGUAAUAUUAUUUUGAUUUCAUUCUCCUGGACCAUUGCAGCAGUCUUGGCAUGUCUUUCGCUGUUUUCCAGAGAGGUUCGAUAUCUUCAGUGCAUUGAUGACUAUGACUUUGACAAAUCCAAAACAACUCAAGACGGCAUUGCAAGACUGAAGACUGUCGUUGUCAUGCGAUUUCUCCUCGGGCUAUUGGUGCCAGCUUUGAUAAUGUUCCUCAGCUGCUGUGUGGCAUCAUCUCACAAAACAUGUAAACAAUGCAGGAAGCAGGCACAGAUCAUCUGUGCUCUAAAGAUCGUGUACUUUGUGUGCUGGGGCCCUCAAAUCUUCUUAACUAUGCUUCAAGCCACUGUAAGCGGCAGCCUGGGUACAGUUGUGUCAAAAUAGGGACUUCCAGCAGCCACCGUACUGGCCACAACCCACCUCUUUACCAGCUCACUCGUGUAUCUGUUCCUGGGACGCAGUUUUAAAAUGAAGUGGAUGGGACAUGACCCAGAGGAGCAUCGUAAUCACAAUGAGAGGGAAAUGAAGCAGUUGAAGCAGUAGAAAAAUAUAGUUGUAACACAUACAAGCAAGGAAUGUGCACUAUACUGACUGUCUAUGAAAAACAGGUUGUAUGCUGAAACUGAAAAGUGGCCUGUUUCUUUUAACUUUUAUCCAAACUCUGAAAUGUCAAGAUUCUUAUGGAAAUUAGCCCUGUAUGUUCAAAUUUCCUGCUUUGCUUUAACUUAAUUUGCUGUAGAACAACAUCAUAUGUCGGCUAUACACUUACUUGCAUGACAUGACCAUUCUCUUAUUGGUCUCAGUGGCAUAGCGUCCGGGUAUGCACGUGUAUAUGGGCCCAGGGCCGCGCUAUUACGGGCUAAAUACUUCGGGCGUCCGCGCACCGUCUGCAUCGCGUGAUUUUCGUCAUCAGGAGGGUUUGCGGACGUCCGCGUGCAGCCCAAUUUUUGUGAUGGCACGGACAGUGUGUGUACUGUACAACAGCCCGUGCGAGAGUGAAUUGAGUCCUUGAAAACAGAUGUCCCCUAGAUAGUGCGCAGUGCACACGCCGAACGCGUCUUUCCGCAGCCAAAUACUUUUAAAGGCUCGCACGCGCGUCUGUGCGCGAGACAGAACCCGUGUACAUAUGUUCAGAAAUAAGAAAUUAUAGAAAUAAUGUUGUCAAUAUAGCUUGCUAUAGCCUAUCUAUGUUAAAUGUACUAAAAGUCAUAAAAAAAAGCUGAAUAAAUGGACCAAAAUAUGUGUCGUAGCGAUUAUCUUUGUAGUUAACUGUCAUUUUAAACGUAUGCAUGCAGUAAUGUAGCCUAAGUAGCAGGCCUACAAAAUGAGUCAUAUGGGUUAUCUGAAAGAAAAAUAAAUAAAUAAAUAAAUAAAUAAAUAAAUAAAUAAUAAAACGGCUUCGUCUGCACAUUUUAAGAUAAAAUAAAUGUAACUCGUACAUUCGCUGGGAUACUUUUUAUUCAACGUAAUAAAAUGCACAUAAAACGUGAUGGAAACAUAUAGAGAAGACACUUCUAGUACAUUUAUUAGAAAUAAAUUAGGAAUCUUGGGACUCAUCCCAUCUGAAAAUGAUGCAAUGAUCAUUCUGAAAUUCCAAAGCCCGAGUCGAAUCGGUCGACUUCAAACUUGGACUGUGAUGAAAAUCUGUUUUUUGACAUUUUCUAAAUAGAUCUGCAAUGCAAAGUCACUACAAUAGUAUACUGUAGUGCUGUUGUUGUCAUUCCUAAUGUUUACCAUUUUUGUCUGCAUGUUUUAAAGUGAUAAUAUCUUAUUCUUAAAGUCCUGUGAUUCAUCCGCAUAAGACAACCACCAAUAUAUAUUUCCUGUUGUAGGCUAUUAUUAAAUGAGGCUUAUAAAAAACUUUUGAAAAAAAAAGUUGCUAUAUUGAUUCUGUAUCAAAAUAUUGUUGCUGUGUUGUCAUAAUACAUUGUUUCUAUUAUAUAUAACAUUUUGAGUUUAUAAACAUUGUAU